AUGGACUCAUCCGAUGCUGGUACAGUGUACGAAGAACCAGUGGAAUCAUACUACUCACAAAUGUCAGAUGUAGAAAUUGUGACAAAUCAAGGCGGUGGUCCGCCACCACGACUGGUCCCGUUACCACCGGUUCCUGCACAGCGGAAAACCAAAAGCACUGCAGACAUACACAUGUACCUGACUGAUAAUGAAUGGCGUCCACGAGUUGGGCCACGACAUAAGCUUAGCCUUCCAUCGCCGCACGAUCCAAGAGGACCUGAGCAUACAGCAAGCUUAAACGCCCUCAGUACUACAGCUCGGCGUUCUCUGACACGCUCGAUGCAUUCGGAUUCCCGAGAUCAACAGUACACUCAACCGACUCUCAGAUAUAGACAAUGGCCGGAUGCGAACGUUGUGAAUCGGCACACAGACGGCAGUAUACGCAAUUCCGAUAUAAUUAAUCCAGACAGUUUUGCUCGGACCCGCCUAACACGAUCAACCGGGUCACGCAAUCGCGUUCCAGCUGAUCAAAGCCUUAAUUGGCUUCGAGCAAGUCGGAGAAAACUUGAACGUAGCUUCGACUGGCUGAGACGUACCGCACGACGAAACGGUCGGUCACCUGCGUCUUCACAGAAAACUGGCGCACAUGGGAUGACAACAAACGAAAAGCAAGACAGCCUCAUGUCCAAGCAAUUGAAAUUACAAGAAGAGGAGGAGUAUAGACGCAUGCAGGGGCCUGAAUUACCUCGGCCACAAAUUGUUUUAGUACCAAAAUUAACCAGUCCCACAGAGUCAACAAAUAAUUUCAAAUUACGCCAUGAAUAUCUUCCGAUGCAGAACGAUGUAUUCUCGGGAGGAUUCCAAUACCGACAACAUCGCUAA